AUGUCAAGUAGUCAACGAGCAGAAAAUGGACAAGCAUGCUUCAAGAAAUUUAUUUCGAAGAAUAAUUCAAUGGUAGAAUUUAUGAUAUGGUUUGGCAGGGGACUAGUGCGCCAAUGUCAUGAGGAGUUGAUGGCUGAUCAUAAAGAUGUAAUUGAGAAACCUAAACUUAGAAUAAAUCAUGACUUUUUGGAGCAAAUGGUUGAUAUUUACACAAAUGAGAUGUAUUACAAGUUUGAGGCUAAAGUGUAUGAUAGCUUUAACUACACAUUGCAGUUUGUUAGGGAAACCGACAAUUGCGGUGUGUAUCAAAUUCAAAGAAAGAAGCUCGCAAUAAGUAAAGUCCGUGAAAUUAUUUACGACAAGCAGUUGGAUUUGGUUUCUUGUAGUUGUAAAAAGUUUGAAAGCGCCGGAAUCCCAUGUACUCACAUUAUCUCAUAUUUAAUGAAAUUUGAUGCUGAAAUAUUGCCCGAUAAAUACAUCUUAAUGAGGUGGACUAAGUUUGCAAAAUCAGGGACAGUGGAUGAUGAUAAAGGCAUGCAGAUAACCCCUAACAAUUCUUAUCUUUUAACGCGGAGUCAAUUUACCCAAUCAUCUUUGGAUUUUGUUGACAAGUCCCUCAUAUGUGAAGAAACAAGGAAGAUGUUUAUCAACGGAUUACGUAGAAUUAAUGAGCAAAUUGACCAAUUUCUUAGUAGCAGCAUGGCUGUAAUGAGAUUCACCGAGAAAAGUAAUCCAAUAUGUAGUAAUAUAAUAGGUGAUGGUACUAGUGUGCAUGGUUCUUGUAGUUGUCAAAAUAGUUUUAAUGAACCCGAUCAAGUGCGAGCAAAAGAGUGCGGCAAAAGGUUGAAAGGAGGAAAAGAGAAAACAAUGGCUAGAGCCAAAAAUAAAAAAGAUAGACGUUGCGGCAAAAGGUUGAAAGGAGGAAAAGAGAAAACAAUGGCUAGAGCCAAAAAUAAAAAAGAUAGACGUUACCACGGGUGUGGAAAAGUAGGCCAAUCACAUGAUAAGUGA